UUUACCAUUAAAGACACUCGUACAAAGUCAAAAUCCAUUCACAGUAGCACCGUGACGCACUGAACUGAAACAGCAACUGAGAAGGGGGAGGGAGUCAGAGAGCGAAAUCGGGAAAUCGCCAGAAAUGGAACAGAACGGCGCGGCGGAGGCAGCGGCGAAGACGAACGGAGAAGUUCACGGCGAAGCGGCCGCCGCUGGCUCCACUGCGUUCCAAAUGGACGGACUGAGGAACUGCUUGAGCAGCUACCACGACGACGGCAGCGCCGAGACGCACAGGUACUUCCUGGCUCGCAGGACCGUCCUGGAGAUGCUGAAAGACAGAGGCUACUACGUCCCUGAAUCCGACCUCUCCGUCUCUUUACAAGAGUUCCGCGCCAUUCACGCUCAGGACAUUGAUAUCGACCGUCUCAAGUUCUCCGCCACUCACCAGACCGAUCCCUCCAAACGAACGAUGGUUAUUUUCGGUGGGACUGGAGUUAUUAAAGUCAAUACUGUGCGGCUGAUCUCGGCUCAGAUUGUUAACAGAGACAGUUUAAGUGGCCUGAUACUGAUUCUGCAAGGCCAAAUAACGAAACAAGCCGAGAAUGCACUGAGGCUUUUCAAAUUCAAGGUUGAGAUCUUUCAGAUUACUGAGUUGCUCGUCAACAUUACCAAGCAUGUGUUGAAGCCGAGGCACCAGAUACUAACGAGCCAGGAGAAGAAAAAGCUCUUAAAAGAGUACAAUAUAGAAGAUAAACAGCUCCCUCGGAUGCUAAGGUCGGACGCUAUCGCUCGUUACUACGCGCUCGAGAAGGGACAGGUGGUCAAGGUGACGUACUCCGGCGACAUCACCGAGUCCCAUGUCACCUACCGAUGCGUCUGGUAAAUGCAUCCAUGUAAUAAUGUAACCUCUUGCUGGUAACCAAGUUCCAUAUGUAGCAUGAACAACCCUGUAAACUUCCCCUGUGUUGUAACAUGUUUCUCUUUUUCUUUUAUGGACUUUGCUCCGAUGAAGGAUAAUUUGCUCUGUGGUUCAUGGUUGUAUAAAACUGUAUGGUUCUUGUGUGUUCGUAAAUCAAAAUCCAUCGAUUGGGCCAAGUAUGAAGGCCAGUUGAUUGGGCCUUAAUUGCUAACACGAAUGGGCCUGACAAAACAUUCACACUCUCUGGGCCUCCCCUUUCCGGGGGGGGAAAAGAAAGAGAAGCUGGGGAAGGAAGGAAGGAAGGAAGGAA